AUGCAGCCAAUCAGGCGCAAACGAACUAAGUACCAUCAGACCCGGGGGGCCCCCGGGGCCCCCGGGGCCCCUGGGGCCCCCGGGGCCCCCGGGGCCCCCGUGGGGGGCCCCUACGGAGCUCCUCUCUCGAAGGUGGGCUGCAUGCCUUCCUCCUCUGCAGCAGCAGCAGCAGCAGCAGCAGCACCAGCAGCCGCGGCUGCAGCAGCAGCAGCAGCAGCUUCUGCUGGGGCGUCGAGCUCGGGCGCAAAAGGAGGCCCCCAGUCAGUCCCUCGGGGACCCCCCGGGGGGCCCCCGGGGGGCCCCCCGGGGGGCCCCCCGGGGGCCCCGGGGGCCCCCGGGGGGCCCCCGGAUGGCCGCGUGAAGGAACUUUUGGGUAUUGAAAUUGAAAGCCUCUCGAGGGGCCAAAGAAAAAGAUUAGAAAAGAGAGAAGCAGCAGAAAGGCGGCGGAAUUUUGGGGCUUACGCGGAGGCGCUGCUGCAGCAGCGCGCAGCAGCAGCAGCAGCAGCAGCAGCAGCAGCAGCAGCAGAGGGGCCCUCCGCGCUGGACAGCAUGCAGGGCGUGGGCGAGGCCCUGCAGGAACUUGCUGCGAAGGGGGGGGCCCCCCGGGGGGCCCCCCUGGGUUCAGCAAACCCUAAGAAGUUCAGCAGCAAAGAAAGAAAUAAAAUGAGACAAAAAGAAAUAAAACAUUAUCAAGCUGUUUUGAACUUGACUUGUUUCCAACAAGACCCCACAACCACGCUGUCUGUACACCUCAACAAUACCCUCAAGGUCCAGCAAAAACUCCAGCAGCAGCAACAGCAGCAGCAGCAGCAGCAGCAGCAACAGCAGCAGCAGCAGCAGCAGCAGCGGCAGUAG